GGAGACUCGAACACCUCAUCAUUCCAAACAUUAACACAAAUCGCAACCAUGUUCGCUACCAAGGUCCUCCGCCAGGCUGCCCAGCAGGCUGAGCGCACUCCCUCCAUCCGGUUCAUUGGGAGGCGGAUUAUCCCUGCCUCUGUUGACCACACACCGCACCCUCACCCUGCCUCCCCAACCAACUCUCUUCCCGCCUCCUUCACCCAGCGCUCCUCGCACACGUCUUUCAGCUCCUACCGGGACCAUGCCCAGCAGUUUGGCCCCCUCCGCAAGACCAUCAAGGGCGACGCCGCGGGCGUCGGCGGCAUUUCCGGGUCCGAGCUGGGCGCCAUUUUGCCGCCCAAGGGUGUCUUCUUCGACCGGAAUGAGCUGCCAGCACGCUUCCGCCGCGCCCCCCUCACCGCAGCCGAGAUUGAGCUGGUCGAGACUGGUGGCGCUGCAGCUUUUGCUUGAACGCAAAGCGGGCAUGAAACUUAUAUACACAACGAUCAUUCAUGAUGGGCCAGGAUGACAGCUAAGCUGUCCCGCCCUCUUCACUAUUGUAUGGACCAUGGGGGCUGCGAUUUCUGGAUGGAGGGCCUGGGA